GUGCAGAGGCCAGGCUUGCAGUAUCCAGAGGUAAGGGAGAGAAGCAUGCAUCUGAGGCUGUCAUGUCUGUUGCUUUGCGUCCUGUUUGGACUUACCGGAGGAAGCAGAAAAAUGCCAAAGCUGGCGGAAAGGAAGUUGUGUGCGGAUGAAGAGUGCAGUCAUCCUAUUUCUGUUGCGGUAGCUCUGUCUGACUACACCCCCCCAGACUGCCGCUUCAUCCCAAUUAGACAGGGACAAACGCUGUAUAUCUACUACUCCAAGCUGAAGGGCCGAGGACGCCUUUUCUGGCUGGGCAGCGUACAAGGAGAUGAAUAUGGGGAGUAUACAGCAAAACUGGGUUAUUUUCCCAGCUCUAUCGUACAAGAGGAACAUUAUCUGAUGCCGGGAAAAGUGGAAGUCAAAACAAACGUGAGUUAUAUUUCUUCUGAAACUGGGCAAUGCCAAAAACUACAAGACUGUCCAAAGUAUUGUUAA